ACCCCUGAUCAGAGACACUCAGAUCACCAAAAACCAAGGGGGAUGGCGCCGCCGAACACAGGACUUAGUGUGGGAUUGAACAAUGGACAUGUUGUGACCAAGAAGGACUUAGCUCCACGCCCAUCUGAUAGAAAAGGGAAAACAAGCAAGAGAAUCCACUUCGUCAGGAGCCUCAUCAGAGAAGUCGCAGGAUUUGCUCCAUAUGAGAAGAGGAUUACUGAACUUCUUAAAGUUGGCAAGGACAAGCGUGCAUUGAAGGUAGCCAAGAGGAAGUUGGGUACUCACAAGAGGGCAAAGAAGAAGAGAGAGGAGAUGUCUAGCGUUCUCCGUAAGAUGAGGGCCAGCGGAGGUGCUGAAAAGAAGAAGUGAAGACUUUAUCCUCAUUUUGACGAUUGAGGAACUAAGUUCAUUAGCUAUACAUGAUCUUUUUUAUUUAGGUGUGAAAUUCUCUCUUUUCUAGAAAGAAGAUUCGUGACAAGAACUAUGGCUUCUUUGAAUUUUCCUUAAGAUUGUGACAUUUUGCUCAACUUUCAAGUCUACAUUUUAGUUCUUAAUGUAGUUUUGUAUUCUAUAUUUUCGGGUAAAGCACGUUA